GACUUCUAAUCAGCAUAUUACUCUCUUACAACUUUUGAUACAAUGCCAGUAGUUCCGCCCGUAAAGCUGGCCCAGCUGCAGAAGAACGUGCAAAACAUUCGGAAUGUGUGCGUUCUAGCGCAUGUGGAUCAUGGCAAAACGACGCUCAGCGAUGCACUGCUGGCCACCAACGGCAUCAUAUCCAACAAAAUGGCAGGAAAAAUCAGAUACCUGGACAGCCGCGAGGAUGAGCAGGAGCGCGGCAUCACGAUGGAGAGCAGUGGCAUCAGCCUCUACUACAAGCUGCUGCGAAAGCCCUCGGAGGAGGCUGCUGAGGAGAUGGAGUCGGAGGAAUAUCUGAUCAACUUGAUUGACUCGCCGGGGCAUGUCGAUUUCGCGUCCGAGGUUGCAUCAGCAGCACGGCUCUCGGACGGUGCGCUGGUGCUGGUUGAUGUGGUGGAAGGUGUGUGCACACAGACUGUCAGCGUCCUGCGGCAGGCAUGGGUAGAGAACGUGCAUCCAGUCCUGUUCCUGAACAAGAUCGACCGGCUGAUCGUCGAGUGGCAGAUGACCCCAGCCGAGGCAUACGUGCACAUGCAGCAGCUGAUUGAGCAGGUCAAUGCUGUGCUGGCUGGUUUCUGGGAAGGUGACCGGCUGGCCGAGGACUCGCGCAAGCUGGAGGAGGCCAAGGAGAAGUGGCGCGAGACGCACGGCGACGACGCGCCUAUGAUCGAUUGGUAUCUGGAAGAAAAGGACGACUCACACAUCUACUUUUCGCCCGAGCAAGGCAACGUGCUGUUCGGCUCGGCCAUCGACGGAUGGGCGUUCCGCGUCAACCAUUUUGCCCAGAUCUUCGCCACCAAGCUCGGUAUUCCGUCGGCAGCCAAACUCCAGCCGCUCAUGUGGGGCGAUUUCUUCAUUGACCCAAAGAACCGGCGACGCGUGCUCACGCACAAGCAGUUCUCGAAGCUAUACGGCCCAGGAAAGGCAGCAGCAGCUACGCCGCUGUUUGUGCAGCUAUGUCUGACGCCAAUUUGGCAGGUCUACGAGAGUGCUGUGAUGGAGCCGAACCAGGAGAAGAUCGACAAGGUCAUUGGCGCACUGGACGUCAAGGUGCUCCCGCGCGACCGCCGCAGCAAGGACCGCCGCGUGCUUCUGACAGCCAUUAUGCAGGGCUGGCUGCCGCUGGCCCAGGCCUGCAUGGUGGCCAUUGUCGAGCAGCUGCCGUCCCCGGCCAGUGCCCAGCCCGUCCGUCUGCCGCCACUGCUGCACGGUGAGGCCAAGUCCGCGAGGUCCUCGUCAAGCAGCGAGCAGGAGGCGAAGCCCAAGAACCCUGUGGAGCGCGCCUUGUAUGAGUGUGCAGCAGGAUCCAAGGAUGAGCCACUGCCACUCGUUGCCUACAUUGGGAAGAUUGUCUCAGUGCCACGCAUGACGUUGCCAGAGUUCAAUGUCGGCACAUCGCAGCGCGAUCGCAUGACGAUGUCGGCCGAUGAGAUGCGUGCUAGGGGCAGAGAUGCAAUUCGCCGCGAGCUCGCCUUGAACCGUGCGUCCACUGGUACGCCGCUGUCUGCGCUGUCGGGUGCAAUGACUCCAGCCAGUGGUGCUGAGACACCGAUUGUCGAUAGUCAGCCGCAGGCAGUGUCGAUUGAUUCGCUCACCGAGGCGGUGAAGGACAGGCUUGAAAUCUCCAGCGAUGCUGCUGCAAACGAAGACAACGACGACGACGACGACGACGACGACGAGGAGAACGCUGACCCGGAUGCUAAGGAAGAGGAAGUGCUGGUCGGGUUUGGUCGCAUCUACAGCGGCACCCUGCGCGUCGGCGACACUGUCUGGGCGAUGCAGCCCAAAUACGAUGCCAAAAAGGCUAAUGCCCAGAACCACGUCAAGCAAAUCACUGUGCGUGCCCUGUACAUGAUGAUGGGCCGCGAAUUCGUUUCCCUUCCCGAGGUGCCUGCUGGCAACGUCUUUGGUAUCCGCGGUCUUGCUGGGGCCAUCCUGAAGAGCGGCACCCUGGCCAGCGACCCCAAACUAUGUCCGAACCUGGCUGCCAUGCACACCGAGACCCAUCCCAUUGUGCGUGUCGCCCUUGAGCCGGUCAACCCCCAGGACAUGGGCAAGCUGGCACACGGCCUAGAGCUGCUCAACCUGGCCGACCCUUGUGUCCAGGUCAUUCUGCAGGCCACCGGCGAGCGCGUUCUGGUGACGGCAGGUGAACUGCAUCUGGAGCGAUGCUUGAAGGACUUGCGUGAGCGGUUUGCACAGUGCGAGAUCCACGUAUCUGAGCCAAUUGUCCCGUUCAAGGAAGGUAUUGUUAGACAGCCGGCCCAGCCCGGUGUCGUGCUGGGGGAAAUGGGUGCCAGCGGUCAGUCGCUCGCCAUUAUCUCAAACACCUCGAAUACCACCGACGACGAUGACGAAUAUGGCAAGCCUGCUGAGGGUGUGCCGCGCGGACAGGUGUCGCUGACCACCUCUAAUGGUCUGAUCACCAUCAAGCUGCAGGUCGAACCUCUGCCGCCCAAGGUUGUCCGGUUCCUUAUGCGCCACGAGUCCGACAUCCAGCGUGUUGUCAGCCUCUCCUCGUCUUCCCAGCGCAACAAGCGCCUGACUGCCGCCGCCGAUGUGCUAGCCCAGGAGCUCGAGGAGGCAGAAGCUGCGCUGGCUGCUGGAGCAGAAAACGCCAGCGAUGACGAGGGUGGUGAGACCCCUCUGCCCAAACCGUCCAGGGCCUCGGAGCUCGGUCCGUGGCUGCAAGCCCGUCUGCGCUCGUGCUUCCAGAAGAGCAAGGGCUGGGAACCGCAGCGGGUGGACCAUAUCACUAGCAGCGGGAUCCGAUCGUUUGGGUCCAAGAAAACCGGCCCUAACAUGCUGAUCUACGAUAGGUCCGUUCUGGAUCAGUCGAGCCAGGCUGCUGCCAGCUGGUUCAACCCGCAGAUCAAGCGCGCAACCGCAAACUCGUCCAUGACCGGUACGCCUAUGCUCUCGGGUGGCGAAGACAGCAGUGACGAUGAUGACGACGAGGAAGGUGCAUCGCGAGAGGGUGCACCGCAGCAGUCAACUUACACCAUCCGCGACUUUGAAGAGUCGAUUAACACCGGAUUCCAGCUCGCUACCCGCUCUGGCCCCCUGUGCUUUGAGCCCAUGGUUGGUGCCGCCGUCACCAUCAAGGAGUUCUCCACAAACACUGAUAUCGACGCCAAGUCCUCCAGCAGCAGCAGCAGCCUCUCGGGCCAAAUCAUCUCGUUGGUCAAGGAUGCUAUCAAAUCUGGCUUCCUCAGCUGGUCGCCGCGUCUCAACCUUGCUAUGUAUACCUGCGAUAUCCAGGCAACCUCCGAGGUCCUCGGGAAAGUGUACGGCGUCAUUGCGCGCCGCCGUGGCCGCAUCCUGUCCGAGGAGAUGCGGGAGGGCACGCCCUACUUCACAAUCAAGGCAGCCAUCCCCAUCGUCGAAUCGUUUGGGUUCGCCGAUGAGAUCCGCAAGCGUACAUCGGGCGCGGCCAUCCCGCUUCUAAUCUUCCGUGGGUUCGAGCCCUUGGACAUUGAUCCGUUCUGGGUGCCAACCACAGAAGAGGAGCUGGAGGACCUGGGCGAGAAGGCCGAGAGAGAGAACUUGGCCAAAAAGUACAUGGACAAGGUGCGCAAGCGCAAGGGUCUGUUUGUUGAGCGCAAGAUCAUUGAGCAUGCUGAGAAGCAGCGUACGCUCAAGAAGUAAGAAUCUCGGAUAUCGGUUACAAUACACUGUAGAGUUCACAUGGAUGGUUUUGAAUGCUUCCAUAUAUGAAUACAUGUCAUUCGAUCUGC